AUGGCUGAUGAGGAGAAAAAGAAGAAGAAUUCAUCAUUAAGACGAUGUAGUCUAAUUAAUAACGACCAAGUCGAUGAAGAAAAUCGAGCGAAUUCGAACUGUGAACAACUGAUUCCGAUUUCAAUCGAAUAUUUAUCAACACCUGCAACUAUUUCAAAUAAACGACGUCGCAAUUCGAUAACAAAUGAGCAAUCGUUAUCAACUCAACUAUCUUCAAAUAGUCGAGAUUUUAUUUAUGAUCGAAAUUUUUCCAUGACACCUACCAUAGGAACGCGAAAACGAUCAGCACAAGACGAUCUAGCCACAUUUACAACACAUCAAUUUAUUCAAGAACAACAACAAUGUACUCACAAACGAGCUCGAUACGAGAAUUCCAAUAAUAAUACUGAAUUAGAAAAUCAGCCACCACGUUUAGCAACAAAACGUCGGUCGAUAUUCUUCGCUCAACAACACGAAGAAAAUCAUCUAUCAUUACCGUGGAAUCAUCAAUCGACUACAAAUGAUAUUUCAUUAUUUUUUAAUGACACUCCUCCAUCACUAUCUCAUUCAGCCACAACAUAUCAUCGAACCAACAGUUUAACUUAUCAUGAACAUAAUCCAUCCGAUCAAUAUUCAUCAUUAUUAACUGAACAUCAUCAUUCAUCAAUUUUCCACAAUAAUUCAUUAAUAACCACAGAUCAAAAAAGCACGAUACCGAAACCUUCGAAAGCGAACAUACGCUUAUUGUCACCACAAUUAAAUUUUUCCAGUCCAUUGCGAACAACAAAUUUCCUCUUUGAUAAUAAACAACAAACAAUAAUUCGAACAGGAAACAUAUCUCCAGCUCAUUCCGAUUCAUCAACCGAAUCAACAUCUACUUGUUCGUCGGAUGAACAGUCGCAUAAUCAUCACCAUCAAUAUCGUUUCUAUCAGCCACAACCGUGGCGUUCCUAUCGUGAACGAGAAAAUUACGAACAAUUAUUAGAUCUUGCCGAGAAAUUAUCCGACCCAAAUCGUUUCAAUAAAGUUGACAUUCAACAAUUCUUGUCCUAUCGGUAUAAAACACCGUCGAUAGCAUCAUCAUCAUCAAAGCAAACAGCUUGCGUUAUUUGUAUGUCACAUUUUAAAAAUGGACAACAUAUUCGUGUACUUCCAUGUCAACAUGAAUAUCAUUCGAAAUGUAUUGCACGAUGGUUUGCGAUGAAUUCUUCCUGUCCUAUAUGUCGCCGAGAUAAUUUUCUAUCUUCUUGCUGA